AUGGAUCCUGCUCGAAUCCAUCAUACUCCAGACAACGCUCAAACCCAAGUCUCUUCCCGGAUGACCCGUUCACCUCCAACGUUGAUUCCUCCAAAUUAUCAGAACACAACUACCCUUUCCUGCUUCGCCAAACCUAUACCGCCAGAUAAGAAUCAGGGUAUAUGCUCUUAUACCGGUAAGUACAGGUAUCAUCCAUUCUUCUAA